CAGCAUUAUCCCUGCCGUACACGCAGGAACACGCCUUAAGAAUCGAGGUUGAUCCGCCAACUUCUUUCCAAGUUAAGACGGAAUGGGAAGUUCGUAUGGGCCAAGCUUGCGAGUUCGUUCACAAGAAAUGAAAUGAAGCUGAGCAAGCGCAGUCCGUAUCGUAUCGACUAAAAAAUCCACGUGUAUUCCAACGACUUCUAAGCUUCGAAGCUUGUUACGAGGACCUUCAAGGAUGCGAUGGGUUAGCAGAUUCACUUACUCUAGGUACACUUAAUUCUCUCCUCAACUUCGAAUGGUUAAGGCAUCGAGUAUCAUUUCAACAAGCAUCUUAUCUAAUUCGCACUGCAUACACCUAAGUCACGUCAACAAUGCCAGCCGGGAAGAUUCGAGCAUUCUUCGCUCGACUAGGUCUUCCAUAUGAACCAGUCCAAGAGAGCCCAUCAAGUUAUGCUGCUCUAGCUUCAAGCCCGAGAACACCUAUUGACACCUCGAUAACUUCCGGAAGAGCCAGCUCAGAUUCCAGCUUUAACGACUAUCGAAUAAAUUCCCAACGAGGCGCGACAAAGUCUCGUCUUUCCCAAUUCCUCUCCCACUUUACUCUUGGCUUUGCCGAUGGCCUCACAGUACCGUUCGCGCUGACCGCGGGCUUAUCGUCCCUCGGUCAGACCAAAACGGUUAUCUAUGCUGGCGCAGCCGAGAUUUGCGCAGGAUGUAUCAGCAUGGGGAUUGGCGGAUAUCUCGCUGCGAGAGGAGAGGCAGCAUCGAUUACGGAUGACUAUGACGACGCCGAAAAGCUGGAAACUGCCGAUCAAGACAGUGCUCAGAAUUAUCUUGCUCUGCUAGAUCUCCCUCCGGACCUUCUUCACAGCGUGAAAGCCCAUAUUGAUCAUCACCCUGCUGUCCUGCGACGAUUGCUAUGCAACACGAAUUCGUCGGUUGAUAGUUUGUCGGGCAAGGCCAAGGAAUUUUCGCCGGCGAUUGUUGGAUUGUCAAUAUCCUUCGGGUAUAUGCUCGGUGGAUUGCUGCCGCUAUUCCCGUACUUUUUUGUUGACAGUGUGGACGGUGGUUUGCAAUGGAGCUUCGUCGUCUGUAUCCUGGCGUUAUUCGUAUUUGGAUUCACCAAGGAAUUCCUACUUCACCCCAAGUCCACGGAGGAUCGCUGGCAGCAUGAAAGUGCUAGAAGAGGGUCUGCUAAAUGGAAGCGAAUCAAACACGGCUCGUUAGAAGGUGUGCGAAUGGUUGUCAUGGGCGGCAUAGCUGCUGUUGCGGCCGUUCUGUGCGUCAGACUUUUCGAGGGGGUUAUAUCAUGAGCGAUCAUGAUAUCCGAGAAGUAUUGCCAUGCGCUCCUAUGAAAUCCAAUAAUACUGUUAUCAUGAUGAUAUCGUCAUCCAGGGCUUCUCUUUUCAUU